UAACCCAGACCAUCGUAAACGCAGAAGCCUAGUAUGUCGUCUGUACGUCACUCCGUUGUCGUCUGCGUCCACCUUCUUGUCUGCUACAUGGGAUUAGCGUCUGGCUAUUCAGUGAAGGGUGGCGGAUCAGACUCCGAUUAUGACUUCGGCCACGGCUCGUCAGGCGGCGUAUCAAACUUCGGCGAGUACGGAGGCGGCGGUACAGCUGGUCUCGAUGGCAACGUACAGGGAGAAGCAUUUAACGGUGGCGUUGGAAGUGGAUUUCUGGGCUCCCCUGGAAGUGGAUUUCUGGAUUCCCCUGGAAGUGGAUUUCUGGGUUCCUCUGGAAGUGGAUUUCUGGGUCCCUCUGGAAGUGAAUUUCUGGGUUCUGGCGGACCUGGGUUCGGAGCGGUAUCCAGAGUGGGAUAUCUUCCAGGUCCCGCCGUGCUUCCCACUCUGUACGGUCCAGCCACACUGCAGGGCACAUUUUCGGCACAGUUAGUGCAGCCUCCAUUGCAAGUGGUGCAGUUUCCAGUGCCGGUGGUGCAACUUCCAGUGCCGGUGGCGGCCGCGAAAGCCAAAGUACCUCUAGUGAAGGUUCCGGAACAGCGACAGCGACCACGAGCGACAGCUCAAUUUUCGGGACAGCAUAGGGGAUGAGCUGAAUUAUCGAAGCAUGGCUCUAUAUGACUACCCUGACACAGCUGUUUUAUAUCAGUAAUACUGGAAGGGAGUCUGCCGGAAAAAGGUCUAAUAAAUUAUGCGCGUCAUUCACUUCCCUUUUCGACGUGAUCAAUAAAUGUUCAUUAUUGUAAACA